AUGUUUAGGUUACUUGGGAAACCCAAGGAGGAACCAAAUAUUCUUGCAACUCUUGAAAAGUUAAAUGAGCAUUUAGAGGAUCUCGAGAAGAAAGAGAAAGUAUUCUUGAAGAAGGUUUCUGCGGAGGUUGAAAAGGCCAAAGAGUUUACAAAAGCUAAGAAUAAGAGAGCGGCUAUUCAAUGUUUGAAGAGGAAGAAGCUUUAUGAGCAGGAAAUUGAAAGACUUGGCAGUUCCCAACUUCGCAUUCAUGAUCAGAUGAUAAUAUUAGAAAGUGCUAAAGCUACAACUGAAACUCUUGAUGCUUUGAGAAUCUCAGCCGCUACAAUGAAAGCAAUGCAAAAAGCAAUGAAAAUUGAUGAUGUGGACAAGACAAUGGACGAAAUAAAUGAACAAACUGAGAAAAUAAAGCAAAUACAGGAGGCUUUGACCACUCCUAUUGGUUCAGCAGCUGACUUUGAUGAGGAUGAAUUGGAAGCAGAACUUGAAGAAUUGGAAAGUGAUGAAUUGGAAGAGCAGUUGCUUCAACCAGCAACUGCAGCCUCUGCUGCGACAGGGGCUGUCGCAGCAGGGAAGCAACCUGCUCGGCCUAUUCCUCAAAAUCGCGCUGCUGAAGACGAUGAACUUGCUGCUUUACAAGCAGAGAUGGCUCUUUGAGAUUAGACCAUGUAUUAUUGUUUUAGCUGUGGUAAACUAUAGCUUAUCAGUUGGUGAGAAUUUGGAGUUGCUUUCUAUGAUUUAGUUACUUAUUAGCGAAAAGUGAGUAAAAUUGUUUGAAAAACCAAGAGCCCGUUUGGACAUAAGAAUUUUUUCACUUUUUUCGAAAUCAGUG